AUGGAGAAGAACCACCACAACAAUCGAGAUGGGUCAUUGCUAAGAUCAACAAACGACGCAUCCGAGACCAGAUCGCAGGCUACGACGUCGUCUGACUUCGUAUUGCAGUGGGGAAACCGGAAGCGGUUGCGCUGUAUGAAGUUUCAGGUGAGGGACACUAACACCACCACCACCACGAACAAGGACUCGGCCGGUCCAAACCCAGUUCAGAGAACAACGGUUCGGGUUGAUCGCCGGGUUGUCAGAUCGGAUCACAACGUGGACUCGAAUCAACCCACCACCGCCACUACUACCAAUAACCAAACUAACGGCUAUCUGAACCUCCGUCAACGGCCAGCAUCGCCGCCUCAUCGCAUUCUCAGGAAUUCUGAGAGUUCAAUUGCCAUGAGAGGACACAGUAACGGCGUAAAGGGACGGCUGGCUUCUCCGGACAGAGGGGGUGCGCACGAUAAGAAAACUAUUAACCACCAUACCAACGCCACCAGGUCCAUCACCAACAAUCAUAAUGAUGAUAAUAAGAACGGUUUUGUUGUUGUUGGCAGUGGUGGUGGGUCGGCAUCGUCGGGUACAGCGCAUGAUAGCAAGAAAGGAGGAGGGUCAUCGUCGGGGAGUGAAGCGAUUCCGGCAGUGUGGCCGCCGAAGUUCGUGAUCGCGUUGACGAACAAGGAGAAAGAGGAGGAUUUCAUGGUCCUAAAGGGGUCUAAACUCCCUCAGAGACCCAAGAAGAGAGCCAAGUUCAUUCAGCGCACAGUGAACGAGUUCUUUCUAACCUGUAAUGGGUUUGGGUUUGUGUUUGCGUGGAUUUACUUUUUUAGGAAUUCUGAGAGUUCAAUUGCCAUGAGAGGACACAGUAACGGCGUAAAGGGACGGCUGGCUUCUCCGGACAGAGGGGGUGCGCACGAUAAGAAAACUAUUAACCACCAUACCAACGCCACCAGGUCCAUCACCAACAAUCAUAAUGAUGAUAAUAAGAACGGUUUUGUUGUUGUUGGCAGUGGUGGUGGGUCGGCAUCGUCGGGUACAGCGCAUGAUAGCAAGAAAGGAGGAGGGUCAUCGUCGGGGAGUGAAGCGAUUCCGGCAGUGUGGCCGCCGAAGUUCGUGAUCGCGUUGACGAACAAGGAGAAAGAGGAGGAUUUCAUGGUCCUAAAGGGGUCUAAACUCCCUCAGAGACCCAAGAAGAGAGCCAAGUUCAUUCAGCGCACAGUGAACUUGGUAAGUCCUGGGACAUGGCUAUGUGAUCUGACCUUAGAACGAUACGAGGUCAGAGAAAAAAAGGUCUCCAAGAAGUUGGUAAGUCCUGGGACAUGGCUGUGUGAUCUGACCUUAGAACGAUACGAGGUCAGAGAAAAAAAGGUCUCCAAGAAGACUAAAGCAUUUGAAAGUGGACACUUUCAAAAUGAGAAUGGCUUCACAUUAUUCAACCCAAAGUUGGGGGGUGGUAUUUGGCCACUAUACCUUGAAAGUGGUAGCAGUUAA